CCGUCUCCUCCGCUCUUCUCCUGCCCGCUGACCAGGUCCUCCUCCAGCCACACAGCACCAAGCCGCGCGCAACACAUCAACCGCAAACAUGACCAGGAAAUUCUUCGUAGGUGGGAACUGGAAGAUGAACGGCGACAAGAAAAGCCUGGGGGAGCUCAUCCACACCCUGAAUACCGCCAAGUUGGACCCCCACGUCGAGGUUGUGUGCGGCGCUCCAUCAAUCUACCUGGACUUUGCCAGGUCCAAGAUGGAUGCUAAAAUUGGUGUGGCUGCUCAGAACUGCUAUAAAGUUCCCAAGGGGGCCUUCACUGGGGAGAUCAGCCCUGCGAUGAUCAAGGACUGCGGCGUGCACUGGGUGAUCCUGGGACACUCUGAGAGGCGCCAUGUCUUCGGAGAGAACGAUGAGCUCAUCGGUCAGAAGACGGCCCACGCUCUGGAGAAUGGCCUCGGCGUGAUUGCUUGCAUUGGCGAGAAGCUCGACGAGAGAGAGGCUGGCAUCACCGAAAAGGUGGUCUUUGCUCAGACCAAGGUCAUCGCAGACAACGUGAAGGACUGGAGCAAGGUUGUGCUCGCCUAUGAGCCUGUGUGGGCCAUCGGCACCGGCAAGACGGCGUCCCCACAGCAGGCCCAGGAGGUCCACGCAAAACUGAGGGAGUGGAUGAAGACUCACGUGUCUGAGGCAGUGGCCAACUCCGUGAGGAUUAUCUAUGGAGGUUCUGUAACUGGCGGCACCUGCAAGGAGCUCGCCUCCCAGCAUGACGUGGACGGCUUCCUCGUGGGAGGAGCCUCCCUCAAGGCCGAGUUUGUUGACAUUAUCAACGCCAAGGCAUAAAACCCGGGAAACGACAACGACGAGACAGUGUCCAAAUCAGAAGGCCAACUCCAUUAAGAUGAGCCCGUUUCAUCACCUCUAAAUCCCAGCACUUAGAACUGUACCCCCCCCUCCCCUUUUUUUUUUUAUUCAAAGUAUUUGUGUCAUGAUGUUAUUCCUUCUGUUUCCCUUUUUUUUUUGUAUUUAGUUAAGAAGAAAUAGGGACAGGUUGACACAUGCACUGUACUGCACAGAAAAGGAUUAGGUCCACUAAGAUGGCAUGUAUGCUUAUUAAACUCCACACAAGUGCUUCAAGCUGUAAAACCAGCACCCGACAAGUCCACAAGCAGCAAACAUGCCUUUUACUUGAAAAGUUUACAGACAUUUGUGUGUACUGUGUCAAAGGCUCUUGUCGAUCACAUUACCUUACUUGUCUUUCUAACACAGGCAUCUUUUUGUGUCGUUAUGAUGUUUCGUAACUUAAACCUCCCUGUAGACGUGCAUGACCCGCUCCCCAAUUGGCUCUUUUGCCCAAGAGGGGAGGUGUCCACUUCCAUGUGAAUCAUAUUGUAAUCAUGGCCGAUGGGUAGGAGGAAGGGAGGGUGUAAAAGCAACAUUAUAAUAAACGGUUUAGAGACUG